GCCAAGUUUAGUCGCGUCGCAACUAUCGAAGGGUUUGUUCGUGUUUUCACUUGCGCUUGUCUGUCUGCCAGCCUGCCUGCGUGCCUGCCUGUGCUCAGCGUCAGAAAGAGAGAGGGUGAGAGGAGCCUGUGUCGUUUGUCGCAGUCGUCGUCUAGUGGUUGUUUUUUUUUCUUUUGUCGUUUGAUUAUGGUGUGAGAUUUUCCUACUUCCCCAUCCAGCAGUGGGUCGCUGUCGUUACACGAAGGAACAACAGUAGUAGCAGCAGCAAAAACGAAAAACAAUAGAUAGUGUCCGUUCGCAAAACGCACACAAAAUAGAAACUAACGCACACCCGGAGUCGUUCUAUAUCGGUCGCAGACGGUCUGUGUGUCCUGUUCGGUAUUCGAAACCGGCAGUCAGCUCUGAAUAGUAUGCAGAAAAGUGUGUAGUACAAUUACACCGUGCAUAAAGUGUUAGUAACUUAGUAAUAAUAAGUAAUCGAAGAUACACGGGAAAAAGUCGUGUAGAGAAAAGAAAGAGCAAACAGGACGACGCAAAGGAAGCGGAAGAAGGCAAUUGUAUGAAGUCUUAAUGUGUUCAGGGCCGUUUUCGCUGAAAAUCGUGGAGCAAUACGACUUUUGUCACCCGGGCUCCCACGAAUCAACCAAACAAAAGCCUCUGAAAGUAUUUAGCUGAAAAGUGCACAGAAGGAAAGUUUUGAAGAGAAAUAAACUUUGUGAACACGGGCCCAAGUCUAUCCCGUACUACCUGAAGAAAUAGUGAACGUAACUAAGUGCAUGCAUUACUGGGCGAUGUGGUUCACGACUUUGUGGAUGAUUUCCGUAAAGUGUAACACGUGGAGAGCAUGAAUAGGAUUAACAGUCACAAAGGAAGGGUCCGAUUGGUGCGGCGUGCGUUAUGAGCUCCUGAAAUUCGCAUCUACCGCGCGUAUAGUUUCUUUUUCUUGCAACGAAGUUGUUCAGUUUAAACCCUUCCUCGAGAGUAGCAAUCUCAAUUACGAAAGCCAGUGAAUAGUACAAAUUUUCCGAUUAUUUUUCGCGUAUAAGUUAACGUAAUUUAUUUCGCCAACUGCGGAAGAAAAGAACCAAUACCACAAAGUGUGAUAUUUUAGAGAGAAAACAAAAGGCUCGGAUAACGUGAAAAGCAAUCAACUAUACCACCAACCUCCUGAACCAGUAUUGGAUACUUCCACACAGCUAAAAAUCAGCUAAAUGGAAUUAGCACGUAAAAGAUAUAAAAGUAGCCGGGGUCCGGUGCUAAGGUCAAGCGAACGUCGCCGUCCACAGAGUAUAUCGUCAUCCACCUCCACAUUGCUGCCCCGAGUGGUGCUCAACCGCAUAGAUCCUCGCGAAUUCGAUCGUAUCCGUGUCUCGUACAAGGUUGCCAUCCGUAGCACCCGCAACAGUCGUACCAGCAGUAGUGUUCACCCUGGUAUGAACAUGGGCCAAAAGAUUAGCGGAGGUGUUAAAACGGUCAGCAGCCGCGACCAACCAUCGCCAUUCAUUCCGAAGAUUCCUCGCGAACUAGCGGCGCACUUUCAACGGCCAGCUCGUCUCGAUCUCCUGCUCGACAUGCCCCCGGUAGCACGGGAAACUCAGAUCAAAUACUCCUGGAAUUCUGAGGAUCGCUCGCUGAAUGUGUUCGUGAAAGAAGACGACAAGAUGACAUUCCACCGGCAUCCGGUGGCGCAGAGCACAGACUGUAUACGAGGCAAGGUGGGCUUCACGAAAGGUCUGCACGUGUGGGAAGUGUUCUGGUCGACGCGGCAGCGCGGUACUCAUGCUGUGAUCGGUGUUGCCACCUCCGAGGCACCACUACACUCCGUAGGUUAUCAAAGUCUGGUCGGUUCCAACGACCAGAGCUGGGGCUGGGACCUGGGGCGCAAUAUGCUGUAUCACAACUCGAAAACCUGCCCCGGCGUGACGUACCCCGCGAUACUGAAACCGGACGAGACCUUCCUAGUGCCGGACAAAUUCCUGGUGGCGCUAGAUAUGGACGAGGGCACACUCAGUUUCAUUGUCGACGGCCAGUAUCUGGGGGUGGCCUUCCGGGGGCUCAAGGGCCGGAAGUUGUACCCGAUCGUGUCCGCCGUCUGGGGGCACUGCGAAAUCACGAUGAAGUACAUCGGUGGCCUCGAUCCCGAACCACUGCCACUGAUGGACCUCUGCCGACGAGUCAUCCGCCAAAAGAUCGGCCGAACGCACCUUGAGGAGCGCAUCGAACACCUCCAGCUGCCGCAGUCAAUGAAAACCUAUCUACUGUACCGGGACCGAAGAUAAUAGGAAACCCAAUAGCCGACUAUUAAUUAUUUAAUGAAAAUAAUUAUCGCUUACUAUUAUUAUUAUUGGCUAGAUAUUAAUUUCUCCUCUCGGAUUAAUUGAACACGUAUGAGCGCGAAAGGACUAGAAGCAUGGUGACGUAGGCUGGUUAAAUUAGGAUCAUUAGAGAGCCGGAUGCCCACACUAGGCUAAGAACGUCAGCGUGUAGCUUGUAGUUGAUAACGUGUUAGGGAACGUGUUCUAUCUGAGCUUUCAGGAUAGGAAAAAAAGAAGUAAAACAAUGAUAGUUUUCGGUUCUGUUCGCCAGCAAACUGACAGACCUUGUGCGAAUAGGGAUUUCGAUUCCGCCACUCCCAACAAUCUCACAAAACGUUUUUUUUUAAUAUACGGACUCUGCGAUAAGUAAAACUUAAGGGAAAUAGUAACACUAGGAGAAAGAAAAAAAAACAGAUGCAGUAACAAAAAAUUAAGUAUAUAUAUUGGAGAAAAAUAUAUGGAAAAGGCAAAAAUAUUUUCACUUUUAAAAAGCUGUAAAAAGGAAGGAAGAAAACAUGUAAGAUAGAUCAAACCGAAAUCAAAAGGCGCAAACUACACUCUUUUUGAUUUCAGCAAUUGUAAAAUAACUAAGAGAGGAAAAUGGCUGACUUUCCCUUCCAAACCUUGGAUCCUUUCCGUACACCCUCAUCUUAUUCCUUUGAGUAAGCUCAGCGAAAGGCAUAAUAAUGUGUUCUGUUUUUUAUGCUUUUAAUCUGUAACAUAUAAAUCAUUGCAAGUGAAAACCGCAAGCGAACGUCGAAACAAACUAAGAAAUAGUAUAAACACAAGAAAACAAAUUGCUAAAUUUUUGCAUUUAUCACCUGAAGCGAAGCUGCGGCUUUGCAGCUCGCCCGAGGAUGAUCUGUUCUUCCAACAAGAAACAAAAGAAAAACCAUCGUUUGAACGGCAAUUCGCGAUAGGAAAGAGGCCAGGAAAAGUACUAUUUAUUUACAACACAAAUCUAAGUAAAGCACAGCAAACAAUUACAGCAUUUGCACUCCCUCAGGUGAAGGAAGCCCGAAGAUUCUUCCGGUUGGGUUUGAUUCAGGUACGCGAUGCGACAUUCCAGCUUGAUGCUGCAAAUACCCACCCGCAUUUAUCUCUCGGUAAGUCCUGCACCUUGACACAAGCAAACAGAAAAGCAAAAGAUCGUGCAAUGCCCGAAGCUGGAAUAAAUGCGAUUGACCGAAUGCAAAAAGCACACACAAACACACAUAACACAAAAAGUACGUACCGGAGUCUGUUCACAGCAGUAACAACAACCGACUUUUGCAUUUCUUUCUUUCUUUUUGUAGAAGUUUAUUAGGAUAUAACCUCAACAAGCAAGCAAAGAAAAGUUCAAGAACGACAUAGAAAACGAAUCGAAAAAUUGACGGAACUGAAAGCCACACAACAAGGAUAAGACAGAUAAGAAAUCCGUGUGAUUUUUUUUAUUAUUAUUCGAAGUGAUUUAAAUUUAGAUUGAUUAAACACAACUUUAUACAACUAACACGAAAGUGAGACAUUGGCAAACAAUGACGAAGAGAGUGAGUGCGAGAACGACACAGAUAAAAGCAAACACACAAACAAAUAAGUUUAUUGGUAACAGAAAAAAAAGUGAUCGAGUAGAAGAAGCAAGGAAAAUGUAGUUUUGUAAGAAUAUUCAAUAUGAGCGUGAGUGAACGAGAAGCGGAAAUGCAUCCGCUUGUAGGCGAGUGAAGUUUUUCCUUUUUUUUUUCAAUGUAAGCGCGCGGUUGUGGAUGAACGUGAAUGCGAGAGGCUCAGUCAAAGUGGGACUAUUCUACUAGCAGUAUGAAGCAAAUAAAUAAAACAGAAACAAAACUAUCGAAUUAGUGCGAAAGUCGAGCAAAUCACAGAACAUUUCGAUUAUAACAUUGGGAAACGCAAAUAGAAUACCGAACUAAAACGAUGCAAAACGGGUUUUCUGGUUUUGGCGAACUACAGAGCAUUGCAAAUGCCGGGAGGCUCUUGUUUUCAAAGAGUUACUCUCACUGUCAACGCUAGGCACGAAAAACUAGAAAAAAAGGGCGAGAAUCGACCGACUAGAAAAACCCGACGGCAUGAACAAAUGAGAAUAAUUUGAAUGAAACCUCCGUCUUUAAUUUCUUCUCUUCAAAACCAACCUUAGUGCUAAAAUGUUUUUCAGCAAUAAGGAUGAAAGUGUAACUUUGGCAGCUUUACAAAUGCACGAUAGCGUAGCCUUCUGAACAGUUCCUUCUGCACGGAUCGCCGCGGAAACGAGCAGUAACCGACUAUUUUAUUUAUUGUUAACCGGAAAUUCUUGUUGCCAUAAAUCAAACCAACAUCACAUCGUAGUUACUGCAGAAAAGAUACCAAUAGAAAAGGGGGAAAUUAAACACAGCGGAAGGAGCAGUGCAGAGGAUAGUUUGAAAUCGCAGAGAUUAUGAGUUUUGUACAAAUAUCGCAAAAAAAAAAACAAGUGAAAUCCGACAGAAAUGCCAACAAAUUGUGAAGUGAUUUGUCCUAUUUUUAGGUUUCUUUGUAUAAAAAUCCCUUUUUUUCUUCUGUUUACUUCUUUUUCUUUGUUCAAUUUAUUUUCAUUUUUGAUUAUUAUAGUAUAAAAUGCUUAAAACAAGAGAAAUAGUCAAAAUAUAGAUAAAUGAUUUUUAUAUGAACGUCUUCAGAGUUUUAUUGUUUUCCAAAUCCUUUUAUGUUUGCAUGUUUUUUGUUCGUUUCGGCCAAUGUUACGAUUCGCGUUGCAGCAGCAGAAAGCUGAGCUCCAUUCCACUGGAAACGCGUUUGUCAGCAGUACACUCACAACACUCUCCUAAGUAUUUAAAAACGCUUGAAUAAACACAAGUUUUAUUUACAAGACGAAAAAUAUUAACAUUAAGUUAUUAGUGUUUCUGUAUUGAACGUUAGCUAUAAGGCUGUGCUGUCAGGAUUUAGCCAGAAUACUUUGCAAUGCGCCUGUUAGUAUUCAAUCGAUUACUAUUAGGUAUGGCUGCAUACUCAUCGCAGAAAAAGGCCUAAGAGUAUGCAACCAAUUACCUCACCUUGGGGACGAUAUUUUUCGUUAAUUCAUCAGACUGCACAAACUAACCCAAUGAGCCGAAUGUUAUUGUGUAAAACUUCCGCAAGCUAAUAGUAACAGAAAUUGAACAUAUUCUAGUCUAGGAGGGAAAGUUCGAAUUCAGAGAAAGAACAAGUAAGCAAAAGGCAGGAGAAAAGCACAGGAACUUUCCAGCAAUUCUUAAUCAUUUUAAGUAGCGUCAACAUGUGGAGACAAGAAAGAAAUUAUUCCCAUUAAUGCCAACCUCUACCUGGAAGGGGGGCAGCACGCAGCAUGCAAGAAAGAGCACAAACCGAUAGUAUUACCCGUGCUGUCUCUGACGGUUAGCGAACGCAACAAUGAUUACCGACAGGAUCAACAACCAGGUAAAAGCACACACGCACUGAAUAAAGCUUACACAGCAACAGUAAAAAAACACGAAGUUAGAACCGUCGUGUAGCAGUAUAGAAAUCUGUUUUAAGCAACGAUAUCGCGCGAUAAUGGCAGGCAAUUUUAGAACGCUAAAGCCCAGAUAAAGCAAAUAUUCAGUUCUAUAAAUGCGAACGCUAAUCAGGUGAAAAUGUAACAGUUUAAACAAGAUUUCCGAGUUGAUUGGAAAAUUAACACAACAUAACCAACUUCUCAACACAAGAACAACGUUGCGUAAGUUGCUGAACACUAGACGUGAGUAACGAACCGAAAAAUGUAAAAGUCUUCGAACAAGAUAAGCAUUAUGGUACAUGAUAACAAGAAAAAAGUAAACAAUAAAUGUCUUUUUGUAUAAAACUGAUUAUAAAAAAAUAAAACCAAAUUACAAAAUAUUA